CAGCUAUGCAACAGCAUUUUUGGGAAGUCUCUUGCCGGUGUUGUGAUCGGCUGCCUGACACUUUAUUACUCCUUUGCUAGGUACGCGAAGUGGAAUAGGCGAAGAAUGAUGUCCAGUGAGACUCAUAAUCUCGUUGAUGAAUUAGUCGUCGUCACCGGUGGCAGUGGUGGCAUAGGAAAGCAUAUCAUCGACCAUUUGAUACAAAAAAAGGCUCGGGUUUUGAUCCUCGAUGUCAAGAAGCCCGAGUUCCAGCUUUCCAGCGGCGUCACAUUCUACCAUACGGACAUCACAUCAACAAACGAUAUUUUCAGAGUCGCUUCGUCUAUUCGUCACUCGUACGGAGAUCCGACAGCUCUUGUGAAUGCCGCAGGUGUAUUUCACUGUGGUUCAAUACUUGAAAAGAGUGAGCGGGAGAUCCGUGAAACGUUCGAAGUAAACACUAUUUCACACUUUCUCCUCCUGAAGGAAUUUCUCCCGUCUAUGAUCAAACAGAAUCGAGGUCAUAUUCUCACAAUCGCCAGCACCGCAAGCUUUGUGACAGUCGCUGAAAUGGUAGACUACUGUUGCUCCAAAUCUAGCGCGCUGGCCUUCCAUGAGGGGAUCAGACAGGAGUUGAAAUACUGGUACAACGCUCCGAACAUCAAAACCAGCAUUAUACAUCCACAUUGGGUUCAGACCCCUAUGAUUGAUGGCUUCAUGCAAUAUCAAUCGCAGUUUGCUCAACCUGUUAUGAAACCGGAGGUUGUUGCCGAAGCCGUUGUAGAACAGAUACUGUUCAAAUUGAGCGAUCAAGUGUUCUUACCUCAGAGCAUGUGGACCGCUGGGGUGCUAAGAGCAUUACCACAGUGGCUACAGGAGAUGCUCAGAUCAAUAUUCUCAAAAACUGUGUUACGAGUCAGGAAUGCACGACUUGCCGAUAAAGAGUAUAGUGAAUGA